CUUUAAGUUUCGUGUUAAAGUUAAUGAAUUUGAACUUGUGUUAUUUUUACCUACUUCACAUGAUUCUUGAUAAUCUCUGAAUCAACCCCAUUAAUGGGUAUUCAUCAAUAGUGGUCUGCAACUCAUCACCGGUCAAUUUUCCGGUGAUUCAUCCCCCUUUUCAGUUUUCUUCUCCAUAACCAUAAACCAUAAACCCUCCUCUUAAAAGACUGAAACUCAAUUCCAAGAUUCAGUCUUUUGACAUUAUCACCAUGUCAUAUGCCAAUUCAAGAUCUGUAAGAUUUCAAGAUGAUGGUGGGCUAUCAAAACUUCCAUCCACGAACAAAGACAACUUAUUUAAGAUCAAAUACAAUCUUGACGGCAAGCAAGUUUCUGAUCAAAGAGCAGAGGAAAAUGAAAGUGGGGGGUCUUCAUUAAAAUCAAAAGUUCUUUCAAGAGUUUUCUCCGAAGAUUACGAGAGAGUUAAAAAGAAAAUCUUUGAUCCUCGAGGCUUAGCAAUUCGAAAAUGGAACAAUAUUUUCUUGUUCGCAUGUUUAAUCUCUUUGUUUGUAGACCCUUUGUUCUUUUACCUUCCAUCUGUUCGAACAAAAAACGUUUGCAUCCAUAUUGGAUUAAACCUGGAGAUCAGUCUCACCAUAGUACGAUCAAUAGCCGAUGUUUUUUACAUGAUUCAUAUUUACAUUAGAUUUUCUACUGCCUAUGUUGCACCAUCUUCCCGUGUUUUUGGAAGAGGCGAACUCGUUAUAGAUUCUUCCAAGAUCGCUAAAAAAUACAUACGAGGUGGGUUUUUGAUCGAUGUCAUCGCCGCCUUACCUCUUCCUCAGAUGUUAAUCUGGCUCAUUAUACCGAGUUUAAGUGGCUCAACCAUGGCUAACACGAAAAACGUUCUUCGGUUCAUCAUCAUCUUUCAAUAUCUCCCGAGACUUUAUCUUAUAUUCCCUUUAACAUCAGAAAUUGUUGGGGCUACGGGUGUUAUAACUGAAACUGCAUGGGCUGGAGCUGCAUAUAAUCUUAUGUUAUACAUGUUAGCAAGCCAUUUUUUAGGGGCUUCUUGGUAUGUUUUAUCGAUAGAGAGACAAGAAGCUUGUUGGAGACACGCAUGCCUACUUGAGGAUCCACAUUGUCGGGAUAAAUUCUUUGACUGUGAAACAUUUGGCGACAUUAAGAGACAGAUUUGGUUCAAUUCAAGUAACGUCUCAACACAAUGUGUUCCAACAAGCGGGUUUUAUGAAUUUGGUAUCUAUGGUGAAGCUUUAACAUCAAAUGUUACUUCUGCGUUGUUUUUCAACAAAUACUUCUACUGUCUUUGGUUCGGUUUAAAGAAUCUUAGUUCUUUAGGGCAGAAUUUGUUAACGAGUACUUACGUCGGGGAAAUCAUUUUUGCGAUCAUAAUAGCGAUUGUGGGGCUAGUUCUGUUUGCGUUGUUGAUCGGAAAUAUGCAGACAUAUCUUCAAUCGACGACAGUUAGAUUAGAAGAAUGGAGGGUCCGGCGAACUGAUACAGAACAAUGGAUGCGUCACCGGCAGUUGCCACCGGAACUCCGGGAAUCUGUUCGGAGAUACGAUCAAUACAAAUGGGUAGCUACACGAGGGGUUGAUGAAGAAUCGCUUCUCAAAGAUCUUCCUUUAGAUCUCCGACGAGAUAUUAAACGACACCUUUGCUAUGAUCUAGUUCGACGAGUUCCGUUGUUUGAUCAAAUGGACGGAAGGAUGUUGGAUGCGAUCUGCGAGCGAUUAAAACCGGCGUUGUGUACGCAAGGCACGUGUUUGGUUAGGGAAGGUGAUCCGGUGGACAAGAUGCUAUUUAUAAUUCGAGGAAACCUAGAUUCCUACACCACAAACGGCGGCCGAACAGGGUUUUUCAACUCAUGCCGAAUUGGUCCCGGUGACUUUUGCGGCGAGGAACUUCUGACGUGGGCCCUGGACCCACGGCCGAGCGUCGUGAUUCCGUCAUCGACUAGAACCGUGAAGGCGAUUUCCGAAGUGGAAGCUUUUGCGCUCAUAGCGGAGGAUCUAAAGUUUGUGGCGUCGCAGUAUCGGAGAUUGCAUAGUAAGCAAUUGCGGCAUAAGUUUAGGUUUUAUAGCCACCAGUGGCGGACUUGGGCGGCGUGUUUUGUGCAGGCGGCGUGGAGGAGGUAUAAACGGAGGCAGAAUGCAAGUGAACUUAGGGCUCGAGAGAGUUUUACGAGCGUUGAUUAUGAGUCGGAAGUUAAUUCGCCGGCGCAUGUCAGUCAAAUGGUUUCACCGGAGCCGAGGUUGAGUGGGUAUCGUGCGAGUACAAGGAGGUCAGGGAACCUGCACUCAGUCUCAGGGUCGAAAUCAAAUAGUGGUAGCUCAUUACAGAAACCAACAGAACCUGAUUUUUCUGUAGAUGAAGAAUGAUUGUUUGAUAAUCGUAAUAAGAACGGGGUUAACGUUGUCUUAUUUGUUGAAUAUUGUUGGGAAUUGAGGUUAAAUCUUA